ACAUCAUCAUCAUUAGAACUUUGCGAGCAAUUGCCAUCAUCAACCUCUAAAGAUUUAUGUUUGGUUUGUCAGGAUGUUUCAACGGGUUACCACUACGGAGUUCCGAGUUGUAAUGGAUGGUUGGUUUACCUCUGUUUUUAUUGUUUUUACCGUUUAAUUACUCAUUUCGCAUUGCUUCAUAAAAUUCUAAUCUCCAUUCAACAAAACCGCGAUCCUAUUGGAUACACGAAACGAACGCGACGUUAUCGACCCUUUAAAAACUCGCCAGCAUCCACUGAAUAUAGCUUGUAUCCACAAUACUCUUCUCCUUUGAACGGGAAUUCAAUCGAAAAACCUAACGAGGACAGAUUGUUGGACGAUUUGAGUGAAAUUGAAAAGAAAUGCACAGCGAUACGUAAUUCGAAAGUGGUCUUCGAGAGGAGUCUAAUCGACUUAAUUUUAUCACCAUGCACUCUUCAACAUUCAGCUUUUAUUGAAUCAUUGACCGAGCAUCGGCACAGUUACAGCAGCCUUCGACAAGCGACAUCUUACGAUUAUCAAUAUUGGCAUGAAAGAGACUGGAUUGUUAUGGUGGAAUGGGCAAAAGCUAUUCCAGUUUAUGAAGCACUUCCUGUACCCGAUAAGUUAGCAUUAUUACGCAAUUCGGCAAUAACAUUUCCUUCAUUACAACAGUGCUUUUAUUCACCAGAUCAAGGACUCGAUACUAUUGUGUUUCCAAAUGGUGCAUUUUAUGAUAGAACACCUGAACCGCAUAGGCCAUUUCUUUUUCAAAAGCGAAAGUAUCGAAUACUCGAUCAACUGCUGCGUCCAAUGAGGAAGCUGAAUUUGGAUGUGAGUGAAUUUUCGGCAUUCAAAGCGAUUUUCUUCCUCAAUCCAGACGCAGACGAUUUGAGUCCGAUAGUCAAAGAAGCGAUUUCGGAUUGUCGUUCUUCGAUUACGAAUGCCCUUUACAGGUACAUGGCACAACGGAAAGGUGUUGAGGAAGCUGCUGAUAGACUGAGUAGAUUAUUGUUGAUGGGUACAGUGCUGGCAACGAUGGCAGUUGAAAUGAAAGAAGCAAUUGUUAUGGCUGAUUUCUUCAACCAAGUUCAGUUUUCGUCAUUUGCAAAGCAAAUUUUUUUCGGCAUCCAAAAUGAAGAUAAUCAUUUCAAAUGA